AUGCGGCUCUUGGUAGUCAACGACGACGGUCCCCCGUCCCCCGUCUCGCCCUACCUGGCACCCCUCAUCGCCGCCCUGAACGAGGCGGGCCACUCAACCGUCGUAGUCAUCCCCGACAAGCCGCUCUCGUGGAUCGGUAAAGCCCACGCCGUCGGCAAGACCCUGACCGCAGAAAGCAGAUGCCCAGCGUCCUUCUCCGCAGACGACUGCAACAUCCCCGGCUGCGCCGAAACCGAAGACCGCACCCACCGCUGGCUCAUCGUCAACGGGCCCCCAGCAAGCUGCACCCAGCUAGGCCUCUUCCACACACCCGGCCUAACACCGCAAGACUUUGACCUUGUCAUAUCAGGCCCCAACCACGGCCGCAACGCGAGCACCGUCUACGCACUCAGCAGCGGCACCGUCGGCGGCGCCCUGGAGGCCGCGCAGUGCGGGCGCCGCGCCGUGGCCCUCAGCUUCGGGAGUAAGGACCCGCAACCCGCAACGACCAUCCGCGCGGCGUGCGUGCGUGCUGUGAAGCUCGUGGAGGAGCUCGUGAGGGAUUGGCACCCGCAGGUGGAGGUGUAUAGCGUCAAUGUGCCCAUGAUCGCCGACGUCGGUGAGGCGCCGGUGAGGUUGACCAAGACUGCGGAGGGGAGAUGGGUCACGGGGGGCUUGUUUGUUCCCGUGCUCAAGGACUCUGCUGCCGAUCCUGAAAAGUUGGCCAUGUCGGCGCCGGCAUCGCCGUCUCGUACGUACCAGUUUCGGUGGGCGCCGCAGCUUGGUGAUAUCAAGCGACAAGCUGAGGAGAGCCCCGAGGGUGAGGACCUGUGGGCUUCGCUUCAUGGCGUCAUUAGCAUCGCUCCGUUGAAGGCGAGCUUUACUGCCGUGAAUGUGCAAGAAUAA